AUGUAUCGCCAGGUAGCAGUUCACAAGGAUGAUUGGGAUCUCCAGCGAAUCCUUUGGAUCGAUGAAGACCGCAAUGUCAUCCCUUACCAGCUCACAACUGUCACGUACGGUACAAAGGCGGCUCCCUUCCUGGCGACACGAGCACUCAUGCAACUUGUUCACGAUGAGGGUCAUCGAUUCCCUCUGGCAACGCCUUCGCUCACACAUGGCAGAUAUGUGGACGAUAUCUUUGGAGGAGCAGACUCAAUCUCGGAACUUGUGGAGGUCGCUCAACAGCUGAUUGCAUUGUGCAACGCGGGCGGAUUUCCACUCGCAAAAUGGCAUGCGACUCACCCAGAUCUUCUACGGGCUGUUUCGUCAUCCACACAAUCGUCAGCUCCCAUAUCAUUUGACGACUGCACUACCAAAUUACUCGGAAUUCAAUGGAUGCCUCAAACCGACAAUUUUGGCUUUUCAUCCACGAUCACAGAUCAACCAAGUAAGUGCUCAAAACGCCUCGUAUUGUCCGAAGUGGCUCGGAUAUUUGAUCCAUUAGGUUUCGUCUCACCGGUAAUAGUACGAGCAAAAAUGCUAUUACAAGAACUCUGGCUACACAAAAUCAAUUGGGACGAUCCAUUACCGUCUCAAAUUGUAUCACGAUGGUUCAUCAUCAGAGAAGAUCUCAACAGCUUGGCCAAGCUAUCGAUCCCAAGGUGGUUCAACACAUGGAACAAUUCAACUGUAGAAAUUCAUGGAUUCUCUGAUGCUUCUCAACUUGCCAUGGCAGCAGUGAUUUACAUCACUGUCAGCUCUCCGUCCAACGACUCAAUGACGUCACUUGUCUGCUCCAAGACAAAGGUUGCACCACUGAAGAGGCUCACAAUACCAAGAUUGGAGUUGUCUGCAGCACUUCUAUUGGCAAAACUCACAAAAUAUGUUCAAUCAACGCUCAAGGUGAAGAUCCAUGCAACGCACCUGUGGACGGACUCUCAAGUUUCGCUCAUAUGGAUCAAAUCGCAAGCAUCACGUUGGAAGGAUUAUGUUCGGAACAGAGUCAUUCAGAUCCAAGCACUCACUCCAAAUGCGCAUUGGAGGCAUGUUCCAGGUACUUCUAAUCCAGCCGACUGUGCUUCCCGAGGCAUUUCGACAGAUCAACUUCAACGAUUCGAGCUUUGGUGGAAAGGUCCUCCAUGGAUGGCUCGAAAUCAAGAUCAUUGGCCAGAGCAAAAGGAAUUCUCAACUUUAACCAGCGAGCUCGAAGUGAGACCCAAUGUCUCACUCUUUGCUUCAGCUCAAAAGCUAAGUUAUCAUUGGGAUCUCAUUUACAAAUAUUCAUCUCUUAUUAAGCUGUAUAGACUGACUGCACUUUGUUUCAGGUUUGCCUUACGGCUUAAGAGAAAGCUCGAAACUCCUCCUGUGAUCAUCAUACCAUCCUGCGACAUGGAGAAGGCGCAGCUCUUCUGGACUCACGCGACUCAACACUUGUAUUUCACCAGCGAAAUCAAGACGCUCAACUCAGGCUCAACCCUGCCUGCAACUCACCCCUUCAGUCGCCUCACCGCCUUCAUCGAUUCGCAGGGAACAAUACGAGUAGGAGGAAGACUCACAAAUACAGCGCUCAGCAGGGAUGAAAAACAUCCAGCGAUCCUCCCACGGGACACUCACCUGUCGAAGAUCAUCAUUGAAGAUGCUCACAAGCGAACAUUUCACGGAGGAACGCAGCUCACGCUCGCAUACAUUCGACAACGGUACUGGAUCAUCGGUGGCAGAGCUCCUGUAAAAUCUCACAUUUUGAGAUGUGUCGUGUGUGCUCGUCAGAGGGGGAUUCGUGCUCGUCAGAUGAUGGGUCAACUACCUCUCUGUCGAGUCACACCAUCACGACCAUUCGCUCACACCGGUGUCGAUUAUGCAGGACCGAUCACAAUGAAAAAUUCAAAGGGAAGAGGCUCGAAAACAAUCAAAGGAUGGAUCUGCGUGUUCGUAUGUUUCUCCUCAUCAGCUGUUCACCUCGAGGUUGUCAGCGAUUACUCAACCGAGGGAUUUCUGGCAGCCUACAGAAGAUUCUCAUCACGAAGAGGGAUCGCUCACAAGUUGUACUCUGACUGUGGUACAAAUUUCAUUGGAGCACAGGCAGAGCUCAAACGCCUGUUCACGUCAAGUUCACAGGAGCACCGACAGAUCGCAUCGAUUCUGUCAGCUGACAGCACUCAAUGGAUGUUCAACCCACCAGCUGCUCCUCACAUGGGAGGAAAAUGGGAAGCUGUGGUGAAAUCAAUCAAGUACCAUCUCAGGAGAACAAUUGGUGAGCUCUUACUAACAUUCGAAGAGUUUUCCACUCUCCUCACACAGAUCGAAGCGGUGCUCAACUCAAGACCAUUGGAGCCGCUCAGUGACGAUCCCGACGACAUCUCUGCGCUCACCCCAGGACACUUCCUCAUCGGUUCAGCGCUCAACACGAUACCAGAACCAUCACUGCUCGACGUCUCACCAGGCAGAUUGUCGAAAUGGCAACUGAUCCAGCAAAGGGUUCAACACUUCUGGUCUCAGUGGUCUCGACACUACCUGCAGAGACUGCAAUCGAUCUCAAAGUGGCAUCAUCCAUCGAACGACAUCAAGACAGGCUCGUUGGUGCUGCUCACGAACGAGCAUCUUCCACCGAGCAAGUGGCCACUCGCAAGAGUGACCGAAGUUCACCCCGGCAAGGAUGCCCUCACCAGGGUUGCAACCGUGAAGACUGCAACCACGACUCUCGUCAGACCGAUCACCAAGCUUGUCAUCCUGCCUGUUCACCAUCAAGCUGAGCUCACCUCUGCAGAAACAUCAUCAACGAGUUGCUGA